AUGGCAAAUGUAUUUCCAACUUUGUCAAAAGUUUGGGAUUCUAUUUCUUUCUUUGUCAGUUUUCAUUUAUUUGGCUGUCUCUCUCUCUCUCUCUCUCUCUCUCUCUCACCUCAUUGCCCUAGCAUUUAUUUAUUUGGCUGGCUUUCUUUCAUCCUUUAUUUAUUUGGAUCUCUCUCUCUCUAUUUAUUUGGAUCUCUCUCUCUCUAUUUAUUUGGAUCUCUCUCUCUCUAUUUAUUUGGAUCUCUCUCUCUUUAUUUGGAUCUCUCUCUCUUUAUUUGGAUCUCUCUCUCUUUAUUUGGAUCUCUCUCUCUCUCUUUAUUUGGAUCUCUCUCUCUUUAUUUGGAUCUCUCUCUCUUUAUUUGGAUCUGUCUUUGGAUCUCUCGCUUCCUCUCUCCUCCCCAUCUUACUCUCUCGACCCACCUCCCCAUCUUACCCCCCCACCCUCUAUUUGGCUCUUUCUCUUGCAUGGUUUUUUUUUUUUCAAUUCCCUCCUUCAUGCUUAGUCUUUUUUUUCACUAUUUCAUCUCUCUUCUUUAUUUUAUCUUUCAUUUUGCUCUCCUCCACCCUAUACAUAUUUUUUUAUCUUGCUCUCCUAUUCUCUUCACCCUCUUGCUCUCUUCAUUUUAUCCUCACUCCCUCCCACCCACUCUUUUUCUUGUUAUUCUCUCAUUUUACUUAACAUAUCUUUUUCCCCUUUAA